GGAUCGAGGCCCGAAGCGUCGGAGAGCUGAGCCGCCUGCAGUCGCCCGGAGUCGCUGCUCCGCCCAGGGCCCUCGCAGGUGCCGCCACAGAGCCACGUGCGCUCUCGCCCUCGCCACCGUCGCAGACGUGGAAACGCCAACCAACUCGCGUUGGCUCCAGGCCCCGCACACACAGAUAACCGCCGGAAACCCACGCUGGCCCUGCGGCUCCACUGCACCUAGCAACCAGCCAAGAGCCCGGAGCCUACAUACAACCCAGCCCAGAGCCUUCGAGCCUUAGCGCCAUGUUCCGGAAGAAGACGGCCGGGCCCGUCGUCGACGACAAGGAGGCUCCAGCGGACGCCAUCUCGCCUGCUGCCCCCGUGGAGGCGCCCCGGGAGCGUCGGACGUACUCGCUGGACGACUUCGAUCUGCUGGCGACGCUGGGCACGGGCACGUUCGGCCGCGUGCGGCUCGUGCAGCUCAAGGGCGUGGGCUCGUACCACGCGCUCAAGAUCCUCAAGAAGAGCGAGAUCCUGCGGCUGCAGCAGCUACACCACAUCAAGUGCGAGGUGGAGAUCCUGAGCAAGAUCCAGCACCCGUUCAUCGUCAACUACCUGGGCCACUUCCAGGACGAGCGGAGACUCUACCUCGUGCUCGAGUACGUGCAGGGCGGAGAGCUCUUCUCGUACCUGAGGCGCCAGGGCCGCUUUCCCGACCACGUGGCCUGCUACUACGCCGCGCAGCUCGUGCUGGCCAUGGCCUACCUCCACGCGCAGCACAUUAUCUACCGGGACCUCAAGCCCGAGAACCUGCUCAUCACGUCCGAAGGGUCCCUCAAGAUCACCGACUUUGGCUUUGCGAAGAUCGUCGAGGACAAGACGUGGACGCUCUGCGGCACCCCCGAGUACCUCGCGCCCGAGAUCAUCCAGAGCAAGGGCCACGGCAAGUCGGUGGACUGGUGGGCGCUCGGCGUGCUCAUCUACGAGAUGCUGGCGGGCUACCCGCCCUUCUACGACGAGAACCCGUUCGGCAUCUACCAGAAGAUCCUGGACGGGAAGGUCGACUUCCCCAAGCACAUAGACUCCAAGGCCAAGGACCUCAUCAAGAAGCUCCUUUCGCAGGACCGCACCAAGCGACUCGGGUGCUUACGAGGUGGCUCAGAGGAUGUGAAAAAGCAUAAAUAUUUUGCCAAAGUGGACUGGGAUGCCGUGCUCGCACGCACGGAAACGCCGCCGUACCUGCCGCCGGUUGGGGGCCCCGGCGACCACACGCACUUCGACGAGUACCCGGACUCGCCCGUGGACGACUCGGUCGUGCUGUACGGUGAGGACAGGGCGGCCUUCGACGUGUUUGACCAAUUUUAA